GUGGAAUCAUAAAAACGCCGCCAUCGGGUUGCACCGCCACGGCAGCACCAAUACCGCGUUCCGCGAGCGCAUCGGGAUGGGCAACUUCUGCGCCCCGACGCUGUGCAAUGACCUCACCAUUGCAGAGUGGCAGCAUGCAACUAUUGCGCCGUCGGCAAGACAUGUUGCAACUGUCAUCUGGCUCCAUGGACUUGGCGACUCGGGGCUGUCCUGGUACAAGUGCGUAAUCGAGGCCAAGCCUUUGCCACACGUCAAGUACAUCUUCCCGUCAGCUCCGUUCCGGUCCGUGACUCUAAAUGGUGGUAUGGCGAUGCCAGCUUGGUUUGACAUAUAUGGCCUUCGCCCCGAGGACAAAGAAGACGAGGCUGGAAUCAAUCGAUCGAGCGUCUUUCUCGCUCAAAUCAUUGCAAGAGAGAUCAAGCAGGGCAUUUCGCCCAACAACAUCGCGGUCGUUGGGUUCAGCCAAGGAGGGGCGUUGGCUGCCCAUACGUGCUUCCGAACGUUGACCUACCAGCUUGGAGCGGUUGUCCUCCUCAGCAGCUACGUCCCGCUGGCAACUUCGUUCGCCCCAAGCAAUAACAACACGCCAACACUCGUCUGCCACGGCGACCGAGACAUGUUGAUCCCUGCAAUGUACGCCCACAAAUCAGUUGAGCUCCUGAAGUCGCACCGGGUUCCCACCGAACUCAAGCUGUACAGAGGCCUCGCACACGCCUCCAAUACAAGCGAGAUGGCCGAUGUAUGCCAAUUUCUAGCCCGUCACCUCAACGUGUCUUUGCCGAGCCAUGUGUAGACCAUGUAUGCGACAGUGUAUAGAUGAUACCUGUAAUGACCAAGUCCUAUUUACUAGAUCAGCUAGGACAUCGGAAAACUACGCAAGUGUGAUGAAGGAGAACUUUGUCAGCACUUCCUCCCUACCGACAAUGGACUGUGAGGCGCAUUCCUACAGUGACCGCACAAGGGAUGCAGAGCAAUACGUUGGCGGCACCAACAUUUUCGAGACUUCGAUGUGAGCGAAUUCGACCGCAGGGAACCCCAUCCAUUCCUUCGCUUCCAGUCUACGUCGGUCCCAUGCCACCGAGCAAAGCCACCACCCAUCCAGAAAUUACACAGUUCGGUCUACGUGGGGUAGUUCCUGCGCGGCGAACGGCGUUAGGCACAGUGGUAACCUUGCAGUGCGAUUCGCGGUCGCUACAUGUGAAAUGGAUCAACUCCGAGCAUUGACGGCCGUGGCUUCAUUUGGUGAAAACACAAAGCCAUAACACGCUUAAACUAGUGCAACG